AUGGAGGUUGGCUCUGUGGUACGAGCAGUCUUUGAUUUCUGUCCCAGCGUCUCUGAAGAGCUGCCCCUCUUCGUGGGAGAUGUCAUCGAGGUGCUGGCCGUGGUGGAUGAAUUCUGGCUCCUCGGCAAGAAGGAAGGUGUCACAGGGCAGUUUCCUAGCAGCUUUGUGGAACCUGUGGAUAUUCCCCCUUUGAAGCAAGGAGAAAAACUGUUUGUUUGUACCAGUGACUUCACGUCUCAAGAGCCAGGGAGCUUGUCAUUGCAGAGAGGAGACCUGGUGAUCCUGGGGGGCUCCCUAGCCUCUAGCUGGCUGCAGGGCCGAAGCAGCUGGGGUUCCAAGGGCUUUUUCCCCUCAUCAUGUGUGCGGGAGCUGUGCCUUUCAGUUCGGAGCCGUCAGCUGUCCCAGAGUGCUCUCCUGGAGGUGCCUGCCUACUCACUGGGCCAAGCCCGGGCCCUGAUGGACCUGUCUGCUCAGCUGGAGGAGGAACUGGACUUCAGGGAAGGGGAUGUGAUCAACAUUGUUGGUGUCCCAGAGCCUGGCUGGUUCGAAGGCGAGCUCAGAGGCUGCAGGGGCAUCUUCCCAGAGGGCUUUGUGGAACUGCUCACUCCUCUGCGAGCACCAGGAACCUCAGUGGAUCCAGAGCCCACAGGGACUUGUGACACCAAUGGGUCAGUGGAGAUGCCCCCCAAGGAGGAGGAGGAGCCAGGGAGUACCUAUGGUGUUGCCCUCUAUCAGUUCCAAGCCCUGGAGUCCAAGGAACUGGAUUUUGACGUGGGUGACAGGAUUCGGAUCAUAGGCAUUCUGGAGGAUGGCUGGCUGGAGGGGGAGCUGAGGGGGAAACGUGGCAUCUUUCCACACAGAUUUGUGAGGCUGGAAGCCUCUGAGCCUUGCAGAGAAAAGGCGGGUGCUGGGGAUCCCCAAGAUCCUUGCAGGAGCCAGGCAAUUUCUUCUCCUAAUAGCUGGGCAGCAUCCGAGCCCCAGGAGAGCCGGUGCAGCACCCAGGACCUGGACGAUUGGGUGGACAGCCAACAGGAGAAGUCCAAACCUUGUUCCUCCAGCUUGGGAGGUGCCCAGGUGGGCCUGGACACAUGGGCUGGGAGCUGGGCGGAAUGCUGCCCGCUCGCAGCGCAGGGGGACGGCUGCACGGACCUCGACUCCAAACUGACAGAGCAGCUGGCGCAGUUUGAGAAGAGUCUGACAACUACUGGUGCUGAGCAGGACAGGGUCUCCCGACACUUCUCUAUCUUGGACUACAGCUCUGAGAAGGACAUUGUCCGUGGGUCUCCUGAGUGUGUCCCCCACGCCAGGCAGCCAGAGAGGAGGAAGGCCCUGAGGCCACCCCCUCCUCGGCCCAGCAGCCUUGCGACGACCCCUGUGCACACGCUGGGUGGCCAGGUGCCCAAAGGCAGGUCUCUGUCCUUCUCAGUGAAGCCCUCCCGGCCUGCGCCCCGGCCUCCGUCAAGCAACCAGCGGAGGAGCGUGGCCCCUCCGCAGCUUCAGUCCAGCGCCCAGGAGCAGCGGGCAGAGGAGGGACGUGAGGACAUGACGCGGGCAGGAUCAGCUUCCCCCCGUUCCAUUCUGCUGACGAGGAUCGGAGAGGUGGAGCGAGACCUGGAGGCCUACGGCAAGACCCGCGCUGAGCUAAGCCUGAUGCUGGAGGAGCAGCAGGAUGAGCUGGUGAGAGCGGAGACCCUGGAAAACCUUGAUUUCUGUGACUCAAACAUCGAGACCCUCAGUGUGGAGCUGCAGGAGCUGAGAGAGCACAGCAUGGAGGAUCCAAGGCAGGAGCCGUGGCUCCUCAGCUGGGAAUAUGAGGACUGCUGUGCCGUGCGGAGAGAGGACGUGGCUGGGGUGGCCAUGCUGUGCGGUGAGGCUCACGUCAAUGACAGACCCAGGGUGAGGAGGCAGUACCUGGACUGCUGGGGAGCAGACAGCGGCUGCGACAGUUACAGGAAAGGGGAGGGCAUCUCCGUAGACCGACGGAGCAUGAACGGAGACUCUGGAGGUUUUUGGAAGGGAGGAGAUGGUAGCAUGAGCCUGGGGUCAGGGACUUGCUACACACGGUCUGAGAUGCAGGACAUGGACUACAACAGCUGUGGGGAGCUGGAAGACGAAGCCCCAGGGCCUGGGAUGCCAGCCAGGAGCAGUGGCAGAGCAGAGCGCACGAGGGUACGCACAGGCCGGCCAGACUGGAGCCAGAUCUGGGAGCAGGAGGCCGAGGAAGCAAACAGGGUGGGCUCUGUACUGCAGCGAAACAGCUUCUACAGACGGACGGCUCCCAGUGCCCUGCGGCACUCAGAGUUUGUGCAGACCAGGAAGAAGCAGCAAG